AUGGUCCAGCAGGUGACCGGGAUCCAGCUCGGCGACGCCGGCCUGCCGGUCGAGCCGGUGCUGAAGCCUGAGCCGCAGAGCUGCCUGCCGACGCUCGACACGUCCGCCUUCUUGCUCGACCGGGCCGGUUUGGUAGGACACGCCGCUGCGGCCCACGGCUUGUCGUUCGGGCCGGCGGCGGUCGAGGCCCCGGCGUUCGACUUCGACCCCUUAGCAAGCUUCCCCACUCUGGAGUCGUGGAGCGUGAUCUGA